AUGACCAGUACACACAUCUCUUCUUACCACUCCCCCCUCUCCCCUAUUAUAGAAAAUGUGGCUCUCCCAUACUGCAAGAUGGGAUACCGGGUUUUACCACUUUACAACCUCAGAUCAGGCUCCAUGCAAUUCCUAAGGGAGGGCAACUCAACAAAAACUCAAUCCCAGCUGGCAGAGACCCAUGGGGAAAUAUUUUCCUCAUGGCUCAGAUAUAACCAGUUACACCAUUACAUGUCGCACCACAAAUAUAGGAAGGAUUUGGGACGAGAGACCACUGCAUUUGAGAAAUUGUGUAUCCAAACAACUGCCCCUGGUCACCUAAUAUCCCUUCUCUACAAAUUAGCCUCUGAUGCAGACCUUAAAGCAUUGCCAGCGUAUACUAUUGCUUGGAAUAGGGAACUGAACAGGGAGGUUGAAUAUGAAUCUUGGGCACAAGCGUUUGAGCUCACUAAAAGAUCAUCGGUAUCGGUUACCAUACAAGAGAUACACCUAAAAUUCCUAUGCCGGUGGGUUGUGAGCCUUACAGGGUGCGUGUAUCAAGUAGUUCAAGCUAGUGGACUGCAAGGGAACAAUGUUUUACAACUGAUACCAGUUUCAAAAUCAGAUAACCUUAUUCCAUAUACUUAUACUCCAGUCAUCUCCAAUUCAUCUCCAGUGGUACUGCAAAACCAAACUAGCUAUUCUGUGCUGCCUACAGCUUCCAGUACAGUUUUACCUUCAACAGGACAAGUGUUAACGCACCCCAACUUUGGAAACUAUAUAAUUACUACACCAGGAAAUACCAAAGAUGGUGCAAAAAGCAUAAGUGUGGUUGACAGUAAAACUUCUCCACUUCAGAACACCACUGUAAUACUCGAGAAAUCACAUGUGAAUGUGCCAUUAAGUCCAAAUUCACCGCCAAGGCCAACAUUUAUGAAGAUCAAUUCAAAAUCAUUACCAGGUAGUAUAAAAACAAUGCCUAUGUUACCUUCAGGACAUCACCUGCAAAUACCAGCUAAUGCUGAAGUUAAAACUGUCCCUGCUUCCUCUCUGCCUUUUGCCGUCCAGCAGAAAAUACUAGCAGCAACUCCUAAUAGUGGAAAACAGGAAAAGCCCAACCCUUCAGUUAUUUAUGUGUCACCAGUCAAUACUGUAAAAACAAUGGCUUCCAAGAACUUGGAGCAAGCAUAUCUCAAACAUGAUACAUCAAACCGAGGAGCACAAGUUCUGCCUUCACCAGGAACACAACCUUUUAAUGAACUGCCAGUGGGUGAUAAAAUGGCAUCACCAAAAAUGCCAAUGAAAUGGAUUGUGCAAGAGAAUAAAGAGUCUCCAGCCUGUCUUGUUCCAGUAAAAUCUUCCAAUGACACUGCUUCAAAGCUGCUAAAGAUAUUGUCUGAAACAAAAAAUGAGACCAGUAUUGCAAAUUUUUUACCAGUGUGCAACAAUACAGUCAACACCAGAGUCAUCCCCAUUAAGGACAAUGCUCUAGUUAUGUACAACAAUAAAAUUUAUUUGUUAGCAAAGAAAGGAUCAGAUGUCUUUAAUACAGAACCAAAAAAUGCAGAACCAACAACCAGUGUUCCAUGUGAAAAAAAUGUUCUGCAUUCUGAAACACAUAAGCAUGCUGAAUCAAUUAAGGAUAUAUCCAAUAAGGUGGUUGAGGUAGUGCUGUCUAAAAAUAAAAUAACUAAAUCCAACAAUCCACAAAUUAGUGCAAACGUGGACAAUCUUCAGAAAAUUGUGAACAUUACUGUAAAGAAGGAAAAUACAAUGUUGCCUCAACCCUUUAAACUUCAAGUGGCUAAAAUUGAAGAUAAUUCCAUCUGCGUUAGCAAUAAUGUUAAUAAAAAACAGGCUGCCGCUUGUAGUUUGACAAACCACGCAAGUGGUGCUAAUCUAUCAAACACAUUCAACUUCAAUGUGUCAAACUCUGAGCCAAAUACUGUUGCAAGCAUCUCACUGGGCCCAAAUAUUUUAUCAUCGAAAGCAGAGACGAACACCAGAAUGUCUCCCAAAUUGAAAGUGAACAACAAACUGCCAUUAGACCAAAUGAUUAAACGGUUAAGAUGGAAAUUUGGCUUGGUAAAAAAAGAAAAGGUUACAUUGAAAAGGCUUCCUCUGUUUCAUACAGAAAGAAUAAAAUCCUGCACCUCAGUUUCUAAUCGUCUACAGAAUAAUGUUACAGCAACAAACAAGAGCUCUCAGAAAUAUGAACUGCUGUCACAGGUUCCGUUUGAAAUGCAGCAGAUGAAACGAAAAUCAAUAUCUUUGGACACUUAUGAAAACGCAAAGAGACGAAAGAAUGAUACCUAUUCAGCUGUAAACUCUGGUUCACCUUCUGUAGUGUCAUCUAACGCUUCUGCCAAAACAAUAAAUUGUUCUACUCCGCCAAGUAUUACCAUUUUAACAGGACCAAGCUCCUCCGCAAUGGCUAGCAGUUACCUGCCCCACACACACAUUGCUUAUCCUCCUGUAGUAGCUACUUCAUCUUAUGUCGACAGCUGGGAAGAAAAUCCUGAUGACUUACCACCAAGCUCUGAAAAUAAUUCAUACAGCACCGACAUCCAGAAUGGCCAGGUCUCCUCUGUUCCACUUGUUCCUCCAACUAUUAGGUCAGGCCCUGUGACCCCUUCUCCAGUAGAUAUAGAUGAGACUGUGCGUGAUGAGAAAAUCCGACGGCUUAAAGAACUUCUUAGGGAACGAGAACAAGAACUAGAGGCCAUCAGAUGGCAGAGGAAACCCUAAAUUUAAAUCCGGUGG